AUGAGUAUGCGAGAUCUGAUCAGCGGGGAGGCAGAAUUGGACGAUGAGGAGAAUGACGAAUCUUUCGAUGAGGAAACCGGGGAGCCACGGCGGAAGCAGAAAGAGAAUGGAGGCAUGGAGGAUUCGAGUGAGGAGGAAGAGGAUGAUGAUGAUGAGGAAGAAGCUGCCAAAAUUCGCGAUGGCUUUAUCAUAGACGAUGACGAAGACGAGGUUGAUGCCUCGCGCGGGCGACGCCACAGAAAGGAACGCAAGAAGCGGUCUCGUGAUGAGGAAGAGGCCGCCUUGGAUGAAGAGGAUUUAGAUCUUAUUGGUGAGGCAAACCCAGAAUGGGAGCGCAAAACCACAUCGCAGCCAAAAUUGAAACGCCUCAAGCGUGGCCAUCGAGACGAUACUGAAACCCACCACCGAGGACUGGAUGACAUCUUCUCAGAUGACGACGAACCCGAAGCCGCACGCGACUACGACCGUCCCUUUGCCUCGAGAGAUCACCAGCGACACGAUGAGUUUGAGGGUUUCAUUGAAGAAGACGAGCUGGAAGAUGAGGAUGAAAGACAGAGGCUACAGGAGGAGAAGGAAGUCGCCCGUCCUCGACAGGGAGGGUAUGUUGGUAAUGGGGAAGCCGUCGGAUUGGACAAAGAUGCCCUCGAUGACAUGGAAGCUAUAUUUGGAAAUGGGGAAGAUUACGAUUGGGCGUUGGCACUGGAAGAUGAGGAAGAGGCUCGGGAAGCUGGAGAGCAUAACCUUGAGCUCAAGGAUGUUUUCGAACCUUCUCAACUCGCAGAGAAACUGCUCACAGACGAAGAUAAUGCGAUUCGUUGGCUCGAUGAACCGGAACGAUUUCAACUGGACCGGGCACCAUUCAAACAGCUUCAGCUGUCCGAGGAGCAGUUCAAGGAAGAAGCCAGGUGGAUCACAACACUUUUAUGGCCAGGGAAGAAUCUAAGUGCUGAUCUUUCAUCUGUAUUCACCCGAGCAAUUGGAAAGGUGCUGGAGUUUUUCGUUGUCGAUGAGGUUGAAGUUCCUUAUGUUUUCCAGCACCGAAAGGAUUACUUGAUUCAUGCCAAACGGACCAGAUCCUCUCAUCACAGCAAUGGAGAUGGCGAAUAUACGGUUACGGCUGAGAAACUCCUAAAUCUCGACGACCUUUGGCGUAUCCUUGAGCUAGACUUGAAAUUUAGAGCGCUGGUCGAGAAGAGGAACAUCCUUGAAAAGACUUAUGAUAACUUGAGGGAAGUCGCCAAGGUACGGGACCGCAGCGUCGAAGAUAUGUUGCCGGAUGCAGCUACCAUGGAAGAGCUCCAGGACAUUCAAGACUAUAUAUACUUCCAUUAUUCAGCAGAGCUCAAGGACAUGGCUGCCUCGACGGGAGACUCCAAGGAGAAACGCCGCCCAGGAGGAAAACAUUCUGUCUACGAACGCAUUCGGAAAAGCCAAUGUUAUGCACUAGUAAAAUUGUACGGAAUCACACCCGACCAACUUGGCAAGAAAGCUUUGAAAAAAAUCGAUGAACAUGGUCGGAACUACGAAAUUGAGGACGCUUCGCAAACACCAAUUGAUUUGGCCGACUCACUUACCUCGGACGAAUUUCGUCAGGGCGAGGAAGUUCUCAAAGCGGCUCGAGAAAUGUUUGCUGAAGAGCUGUUUAUGCAUCCACGGAUGAGAACCCACUUCCGUAAGAACUAUUAUGGAGCCGGAGUAAUUCAUUGCAAAAGGACAGAGAAAGGUCUACGCAAAAUUGACGAGCAACAUCCCUACUAUGAAUUGAAAUACCUACAAAACCAGACCAUUAUGGACAUUGCUGGCCACCCCGAGAUAUUCCUCAAGAUGCUCAAAGCUGAAGAGGAGGGCCUGAUCGAUGUCCGAAUUACUUUGCAAGACGAGGCUUCGUUUCGAAGAAACCUUGUCGCUGAAUUUCGCUCUCAGAAUUAUUCUGACCUUGCCGAUGCAUGGAACGAUGAACGCAAGAGAGUUUUAGAUUUGGCGUUUGGCAAACUCGAGCGUCUCAUUGCUAAGGGGGUCAAGGAAAAUAUGCGAACUGAGUGCCAAGAUGCCAUCCUCAAGAUAUGUCGGGAAGAGUACUCUAGAAAGCUCGAUCAGGCGCCGUAUAAACCACAUGGAAUGGUCCUAGGAACGAUUCCUCGAGUCCUCUCCCUAUCGAAUGGCAACGGUGAUAUGAGAGAUGCCACCUGCUGGGCAUGGGUUGAAGAAGAUGGACGAGUGCUCGAGAGUGGCAAGUUUAACAACUUGACGCGCGACGAGAAAUCGAGAGAAGAGUUUGUUGCUCUGGUGCAAAGAAGACGACCAGAUGUGAUUGGUAUCAGCGGGUUCUCCGUUGAAACUCACAAACUCAUCACAGGGCUCCGUGAUCUUGUCGAAGAGAGAAAUCUAAGAGGCCCAGAAUUCGAGGAUCAGUCAACAGGCGAGGACAAAAGAGAACUGCUAGAGGUGGUUGUAGUGAACGAUGAAGUCGCUCGCCUGUACAAGGAUAGCAAACGAGCUAUCAAUGAUCACCCUGGCAUACCGUCACUGGGAAGAUACUGUGUCGCUCUUGCCAAGUACUUGCAGAAUCCCAUGAAAGAAUAUGCGGCUCUAGGGAAAGAUAUCACUUCUCUGCAGUUCCACCCUUGUCAACAACUUCUGCCAGAGGAUAAGUUACGACGACAACUCGAAACUGCGAUGGUAGAUAUGGUCAAUCUCUGUGGUGUAGACAUCAACGAAGCCAUCAGUGAUCCAUAUACGGCCGCUCUCCUGCCUUAUGUUUGUGGCCUAGGACCGAGAAAGGCUACGUCGGUUCUCAAAACCAUCUCACAAAAUGGGGGAAUUGUGAAUACUCGAGAUGAGCUUGUAGGUGAUCCGGAUACCGGUAAACUGCCUGUCGUGGGUCCAAGAGUGUGGAACAAUUGUGCCAGUUUCUUGUCCAUCGAGUACGACAGCUCCUCUCCGCAUUCCGAUUACCUUGACAACACUCGUGUGCAUCCUGAAGAUUAUGAGCUAGGUCGGAAGAUGGCUGCAGACGCUUUGGAGCUCGAUGAAGAGGACGUCAAGGCUGAAGUUGAUGAGGGAGGACCUGGAGCAAUCGUUCGUAAGUUGGUGAAAGACGACGAACAAGAAAAGGUAAAUGAUUUGAUUCUCGAAGAGUAUGCCGAGCAACUCGAACGCAAUUACAAUCAGCGUAAGAGAGCCACUUUGGAGACAAUCCGAGCGGAAUUACAACAACCUUACGAAGAACUUCGGAGAAAAUUCACAAAGCUUUCAGUGGAUGAAAUCUUCACUAUGCUCUGCGGUGAGACCAAAGAGUCUUUAGCAGAAGGCAUGAUUGUGCCUGCAAACAUGCGAAUUGUCAAGGAUGAAUUUGCUAUUGCCAAGCUGGAUUCAGGAAUUGAAGGCAGAGUCGAGUUGAUGGAUGGUUCUGACAAAGAGAUGCCACUCAAUCGUCUUUUCUCUUCUGGUCAGAUCGUUCAAGCAAAAAUUAUCGAGCUCGAUCGCGCCGCAUUUACCGCCAGACUGUCACUACGAGAAACCGUUCUCAGGAUUCCGUAUCGUAAGAACAACUACCGUGACCCUGGAUCUUGGGAUCUUAUUCAGGAACGAAAAGAUAAGGAAGAGCUCCGCGAGAAGGAUAAAGCUACUGGACGUACACAGCGUGUGGUCAAGCAUCCACUUUUCAAACCCUUCAACUCGACACAGGCCGAAGAGUACCUUGGAUCACAGGCACCUGGCGAUGCUGUUAUUCGACCGUCAUCCUUGGGUAAUGAUCACCUUGCUGUGACAUGGAAGGUCGCAGAUGGUGUUUACCAACACAUUGAUGUUGUUGAAUUGGACAAGGAGAAUGAAUUCUCUGUGGGUCGCAAACUUCGGAUUGGAAACAAAUACAACUAUAGUGAUCUCGAUGAGUUGAUCGUUGAUCAUGUCAAGUCGAUGGCCAAGAAGGUGGAUGAAAUGAUGCAGCAUGAGAAAUUCCAAACGGGCAGCAAGUCUGAGACAGAAGCUUGGUUGAAUUCAUAUACGAAAGCCAACCCCAAACGAGCUGCCUAUUCCUUCUGCAUCGAUCACCGACAUCCUGGUUAUUUUCUGCUAUGCUUCAAGACUGGGCAGGAUGCGCCCGUCAAGUUUUGGCCGGUACGAAUCAUUCCAAAAGCCUACGAGUUGAAUAAAGCGCCUUAUCCCGAUAUGAGAGCGCUCUGCAAUGGGUUCAAGAUGCGAAUCUCCAGCACCAGCCGUGGAUGA